AUGCAUGCUCCAGAAACAACCCCCCAUCCUCACACCUCGGGAUUAGCCGGUAAGACUUUUACCUCGGUGCGAAGGAAGGAUGGUGGUCAAGAAGGAGAUGCAGUCAAUGGUGAUCAACGAAGUCUGUCAUCAGGCGACAGGGAGGUCAAUACCAGAGUCAAGACGACCGCUCAGGGCAUCCCCCUCGUCCCUCAACCCAGUGACGACCCAGAUGACCCCCUGAAUUGGAGCGCCUUCACGAAACAUGCGGCUCUGGUUGUUCUUGCGUUCGAAUCGUUUCUGGUCAAGUUCUCGGCCACUCUAAUUGCGCCCGACGCCCUGGAACUGGCCAACGAAUUCGGAGUACACAAGUCGACCGCGACGUACAUUGGAUCUGCGCCACCCAUCUUGAAUGCGAUCACGUCCUUCUUUUGGAUCCCUUUGAGCCAUCGAAUUGGCCGACGCCCUGUUCUUCUGAUUGGGAAUCUGAUUGCCCUGGCCAGUGCGAUUGGAGUGGCUCGAUCUCAGACGUACGCACAAGCUCUAAGCUGCCGCAUGGUCAUGACUUUAGGAGGCAGCGUUGGGCUGUCCAUCGCUCCUGCUGCCAUUUCCGAUAUGUUCUUCCUCCACGACAAGGGAUCCCGAAUGGGUGUGAACAGCAUGCUGCUCGUCGUUGGACCAUACAUAGGCGGAGUCGCUGGGGGCUCGAUUGCUUAUAGUCAAGCCCUCGGAUGGCGGUGGUCCAUGUACAUCGCAGCCAUCCUUUACGCUGUGCAAUUCAUCGCUCAAGUCUGCUUCGUCCCGGAAACGACCUACACACGAGACGAAAAUGGUACAGCCGUGCCCAAUCCCUCGGAACAAAAGCAAAACACUUUCCUCUCCCUUCUAAAAUUUCGCAUUCCAGCGGUUCCACAGCACGAGACCUGGGCUCAAACCUUCCGUAAGCCUUACAAAAUGUUUGCCUAUCCUACCGUUGUCCUUCCGUCCUUCUGGUUUUCAGUGGCGAACAUGACCGAAGUCGGCAACACAGCGGGUUUCGCCCUUAAUUUUGGCAAGGACAGUCGCUGGCAGUUUAAUCUAGCCCAGAUUGGCUUCUGCUAUUUUUCAGGUGUUAUUGGGGCCGGCUUAGGGGAAAUUUUCGGGGGACCAUUGUGCGAUAUGCUUGCCAAAUAUUCCAUACGUCGUGGCCAAGAAUGGAAGCCAGAACGGUUACUCCAUCUCGUGUGGACGGGGCUCAUCACCAUCUCAGCCGGUCUGCUCCUGUACGGACUCGAGCUCGAAUACGGUAACAGCUGGGCCUCCGCCCUAACUGGAAUCGGUCUAUUCACCUUCGGACAGGAGCUCCUGGUCACUGUUCUUUUGACCUACAUGACGGACUGCUAUCCAGACGACGCAGCGGAGGUCGCAAUUGUGUUUCAAUUCUUUUUCGCCAUCCAGACAUUCCAUGUCCCUUUCUAUCUGCCACAGUGGCUCGAAGGACCUGGUGGGCCGAAAGUUCCGUAUAUCGUGUUCGCGGCGCUUCCUGUGGUCUUGUAUCCAUUUUGUAUCUGGGUAUUUACGUGGAAAGGGGAGCAGAUCAGGAACAGAGGACCACUGCUCUUUAAGGAUGGAGAGCCUCAAUCGGAAGCUAUCUAA